AUGCCUCGCAGGGGAGUGACUUUGGGUGACAAGGAAGCCUUAUCGGGUCUAGCAGCAAGCUGGGACAAAAGCAAGGCAAUCCGAGGCCAUCUGUUGAAGACGGGAAAUCUGCUCAGAUGGCCCUCCCCUGCCCAAGUCGGCUGCAUCAACUUCGAGACUUUGGGUCUCAACUACAGGGUCAUGACCAAACUGCUCCGAAUUUGGCUGCCUAAGAUCGAUACCCUGAAGACGGUAAACAUCUUUGCAUGCAGACAGGAGAUUGCCCAGCUUCGCUCGGAUCUCAGCUUGCCCGCCGAUCAAGUGAAGAUCGCCUGCGAUGCGAGCAGUGUCAGGGGCUUCAUGAGUUACAUGACAAAGCGGCACGAUGGGUCGAUUCGAAGGGACCCUCAAGUUGCCAAGCUUUUCGACGUCAUCGGCGAAUAUUUCGAAGUGGUGCAGGUGCAGCACGGCCAGGGCCUGGAGAGUGGAUCUUCUUCUGAGUCUCUUGUCAAGAGCGAGGGACCAGAUGACGAGGAGUUGGAUGACGAAGAGCUCGCAGUAGCUCUUGGGGCCCCCAAACGGGAGCUAGCUUCUGAUUUGGGUGCAGGCUCUUCAGUUGAAUCCUUGCACACGGGGCUAACGAACGAGCUUCACAAGGUUUCCUUGGAUGAGUCGCCGCCGCCCGAGAUCAUCAGAGUGUCAGCUCCGAAGGCAGUUUCUCCUUCUGUGCUUCUGGACAAGAGGAACAAGAUUGAAGCUCUCAAGCGGGAGAUUGAGAUCAAGAAGCGAUCGAUUAAUUGUGCCCGUCCAUGGAAGCGAGCGAAGCCGGACGAACCGGAGGACACACAAGUGGUGGAUCUGUUCCCCGUGGCCAAGAACUUGAAAGCCGAGUUCGAUGCAGUCGAUGAUAAGGGUCCUGUGUCGGCGAAUGAGGUUGCGAGUGCAUCCCAGCAGCCUCCGGCUUUGGAAGAUUCUGCUGAAUCGCAGGGGUCCGAUGAUCUUUUCCAUGCCGAGCCCCAGGAGUUCUUGACCCGAGAGUCCCAAUUUGCUGACCGCAAGCAGGCAGAGGAGCCGGGCGAUGAUUUCGAUCUUCCGGAGCCAACGAAGCCAAAGGCCAAAGCAAAGGCCAAAUCUAAGGCUAAGGCAAAGGCCAAAGCCAAGGGUAAGGCUAAAGCCAAGGCUGCUAGUAAGAGUAAGGCAAGCCCGGGCAAGCCUAGAGGAAGGCCUCGCAAGGACAAGGCAAAGCCUGCAGUUCACGCCGACCUCAAGUCGGAAGCAGCCGACGGCGAGGCGGAUGAUCCCGAGGACGAGUUGAAGUCGCAAGCCGAUGGCGAGGUUCGGAAGUCGGCAGCCCCCAAUCCGAUCUUUGCCCGUCGCUAUCGCCCCGGUUUCUGUGUCUUUGCCGGUAAACGCUGGGAUGCUAUCAAAGCGAGCUUCGAGCUGAUCAUCGCGAAUCGUGUGAAAACCCCUUCAACGGUACAGGCUCUCUUUUGGACCCAUUGUGUCUCCUGCCUGGGCGAGGCGGGCUUGCAGAAGGGAGCCAGGCCCCAGGCGAAGGACAACACCUGGGAUGUGGCGAAACUCCGAAAAGUUUGCGACAACGCCGCCUAUUCCUUCUUGACCCUCGAGUCUACCCAGAGUCCCUAG